AUGCGAAAUGGAUUAUCAGGUGGAAACAAAGUGAGGCAGACACGUCUUGGUGAAGUCAAGGUGUUUACAUGUAUGGGCAUUGAAGAGUAUGCUCGAGACUCUGUUACAACCAUGAACGCAGAAAUUGAUCAAGCUAUAUCAAAUAGAACCACUGGGUGGACUGAUUCAUCGAGAUGCUUAUGUGGAUGUUGCAAUCCAUUUAGGCUUGUAAGACAAGGUAUUGGAUAUAUUGCUACAAUGCUUCGAUCAAUGUUGCUUCAACGGAUGUAUGCCAAGUAUCCACUUUUUCGACCAGGUUCUGCUGAAUGUAAGAUCUGUCACUCUGGCUAUGCAGAUAAUGACACGGUUUGCCAACUAGAUUGCGAGCAUUGCUACCACGAAGUAUGCUUUCAAGAGUUGGUAAAUGGAACUGGUACGUGUCUAGUAUGUGCAGCUGAAAGCAGUUGUGCAAGUACUCCGCUUUCUGUGGAUUCUUCUACACAGCUGCUAUUGAACAACAACUCAAGCAAUGAUUUCAAUCAUGACAUUACCCCUACCGAGUCUCACCAUGUAGAUAUUCCAGCAGAUGUACCUUUACCUUCUAAUAAAUAA